GGCCGCUCUCAUUGUGCUGUCAUUCAAGAGGUUAUGUCACAACAGCUGACACUUGUUCAUUGAAAUAGGAACAAAAAUCGAACGGGAGUAAUGUCUUUGGGUAAUUUUGGAAGAAUUGCUGUUGGUUGGACUAUUUUAACUGCUGUUGGCGUCUAUUCGUUUGUGCUAUCCAAAGAAUCUGUGGAAAAACGUCGUUACGAGGAUAUGCAAAUUCGUGAUCGCAUGAAAAAGGCAAAUAUUGGAGAUUACGAAUCAGUUGGAACGAGACGAUUCAACGCUUAAAGGCCAAGCAGUGACAUUUUUUGCCCGCCCUCAUUCCUAACAAAUACAUAGAAUUAUCUUUUUUCAAUUGGGAACAAUUUACACGUGCUUAAAUUACAAUGGCUAUGCCCCAGAUGAA